CGCAUGCGAACGGAAGAUAUCGCGAAGCUGUCUGAAGCCGUUCCUCCGGAUUUAGCGGACCUGAUUCGAAAAUACCCCGAGAUUUUCCAGGACGACCUAUCCGCGGGACUUCUGCCAAGCCGACCCGAAGACCAUCGCAUCGAGCUGGAACCAGGCGCACAACCGACAGUACAGGGACAAUUUCGGCUCAGCCAACCGGAACUCGAAGAAUUGCAGCAGCAGUUAGAUUACCUCCUGACGAAGGGUUUUAUCCGACCCAGCACGUCCCCAUACGCCGCCCCCAUACUGUUCACGCCGAAAAAAGAUGGCGGAUUCCGCGUGUGCAUCGACUACCGCGCCCUCAACAGGAUCACCAUCAAGUCGCGUUACCCGAUCCCGCGAGCUGACGAACUACUCGACCAGCUUCGCGGAGCCAAGUACUUCUCAAAAAUCGAUUUGCGAGGGGGUUACCACCAAAUUCGCGUCGCCGCCGAAGACUAUCACAAAACCGCCUUCCGAACCCGCUACGGCAGAGUUGGAUCCGCCUACGAAUCACGGAAGCUGCAGGGCGCAGAGAAGAACUAUACAGUGCACGAUAAAGAAAUGUUGGCGAUCGUCCACGCGUUCAAAACUUGGCGGUGCUACCUGACAGGCGCUGACGUCACAGUGCGAACUGACCACAAGUCCUUACAAUACCUGCGCGCCCAACCGAAUCUCAACCCGCGAGAGAUCCGAUUGCUCGAUUUCCUCGAGUCGAAUUUCCAUAACACCACCACCUACAAACGAGGGGCAAAUAAUAUUGCCGAUGCCCUGACUCGCCCCACUGCCCAUACUGCCGCUAUACUAGUCGCCCAGACAAACCCAUUACUUACGGGACUAUUCUCCCACGGCUACAAGAUCUAUCCCUUUUUCCGCUCCGCUAUCCAUCAACAGCAUACAAUCGCCACCGGACCUUAUUUUAAUAAGCGCGGUACUUCUCGCCUAUGGGUGCCCGGCUACGAUUUAUUUCGUACCCUCCUAAUCCAGGAAUCCCACGACAACCCUACCUCCGGGCAUUUCGGCGUCGACAAAACCUUGAAGAUGCUGCAGAGGAAUCAUUACUGGCCGAACAUGGCCGAUGACGUGCGCAAGUACGUGUCCUCCUGCACUGCCUGCCAGAUUAUGAAAUCGCCGCAUCAGCGAGCAGCCGGACUACUACAGCCGUUGGAUCCGCCUGAGCGACCCUGGCAACACGUCACGAUGGACUACGUGACAGGACUGUUGGCCGGUCCCAGCGGAAACGACGCCAUCCUCGUGGUCGUCGACCGACUCACGAAAAUGGCGCACUUCAUCGCCUGCCAACAGUCAAUCACAGCCGAACAAACUGCGCAACUAUUCCUCGCGAACGUCAUCCGACUGCACGGACUGCCCUCCGCCAUCAUUUCAGACCGAGACCCGAAAUUCACAUCGAAUUUCUGGCGCCACCUGUGGGACCAGUUCGGCACCAAACUCCAAUUUUCCUCUGCCUACCACCCACAGACCGACGGGCAGACUGAACGCGUCAACCAGACCAUGGAGCAACUCCUUCGAACUACCUGUACUGACCCAUCAACAUGGGAGAAAUCUCUCCCGCUGCUGGAGUUUGCCAUCUCAGCCGAAGAAACAGCCUGCCUUUUCAUCUCGACCGUCGUUCGCCUCCACGGAAUCUCAUCCGCCAUCAUUUCGGAUCAUGACACAAAAUCCACCAGCAAAUUUUGGCGCAGCCUCUGGGAACAGUUUGGCACGCGCUUGCAAUUCUCCUCCGCCUACCACCCUGAGACUGACGGACAAACCGAACGGGCGAAUCAGACGAUGGAGCAGCUGAUUCGCGCCACCUGCGAUGACGUGGCCGACUGGGAGCAGCAACUGCCAAUGAUUGAGUUUGCAUAUAACAAUGCCCCGUCAGCAACUAUAUGAUAGUCACCAUUCUACCAGAAUU